AUGCCGGCGCCCCCAGGCAAGCUCGCCACCAUCGACGGGCUCGAGUACCACCGCUUCGACAGCUCGUCCAAGGACGAGUUCUCGGUGAUCUCCAACCUCAUCGCCGACCACUUGCUGGAGCCGUACUCGAUCUACGUCUACUGGUUCUUCCUCAACCUGUGGCCCCACUACUGCUACACCGUCAAGCUCCCCGACUCGGGCGAGAUCAUCGGCGUCAUCAUCUCCAAGGUCCAGCCCCACCGCCAGGUGCGCCUCCGCGGCUACAUCGGCAUGCUCGUCAUCAACCCCAAGUAUCGAGGGCGCGGCAUCGCCUCCAACCUCGUCAAGAUGACGGUGAAAAAUAUGGUCGAAUGGGACAACGUCGACGAGAUCAUGUUGGAGACGGAAGUGAUCAACGCCGGCGCGCUUAGGCUCUACGAGUCGCUUGGCUUCCUCCGCACUAAGCGCCUAUACCGCUACUACCUCAACACCCAUGACGCCUUCCGCUUAAUUCUACCACUCACCGAUAAAGCCCACACCCGGAUCGCGUUCUUGCCCCCCAUCGAAACCCCCGCCGGCUACCCAGAAUAG